GAGAAAGGCUGUUUACUUCCUCUCUUCAAGUAAACUGGGCCCCUUUAGGACUCUGAUAUCUGUGGUGACUUGUCCACUCUAAUGCACAGCAUGUGGCAGCUGCUACCACCAGCGGCUCUGCUGCUUCUAGUUUCGGCUGUCACGCAAGCUGCAGAUCUCCAGAAGGCUGAGGUGCACCUACACCCUCCAUGGGACCGGGUGCUCGCGGAUGACUAUGUGGCUCUGACGUGCCAGGGGAACCACCCUCCUGGAAACAGUGCCACAAAGUGGUGGCACAACGGGACUCUCAUCUCCAACCAGGCCCCCAGCUACUUCAUCAAACCUGUCAGAGUUGAGGACAGCGGAGAGUACAGGUGUCAGACAGGCCUCUCCGCACCCAGUGACCCGGUGACACUGAACGUCUACAUGGGCUGGCUGCUGCUCCAGGCCCCUCGGUGGGUGUUCCAGGAGGGGGAGCCCAUUCAGCUGAAGUGUCACAGCUGGAAGAACAAGACUGUAGAAAAGGUCCAAUAUUUCCAGAAUGGCAGAGGCAAGCAGUAUACUUACCACAAUUCUGACUUCCACAUUGCAGAAGCAAAACUUGAACACAGUGGCUCCUACUUCUGCAGGGGGAUCAUCGGGAAUAAAAAUGAGUCUUCAGAGGCUGUGAACAUCACGGUUCAAGGUCCAGAAGGUCCACCAUUUGUCUCAUCAUUGGUUCCACCUUGGCACCAAAUCGCUUUCUGGCUGGUGAUGGGACUCCUGUUGGCAGUGGACACGGGGCUGUAUUUUUCUGUGCAGAAAGACCUUCGAAACUCAAAGGAUAACUGGGGGAAUGGCAAAGUCACAUGGAGCCAGGGUUCUCAGGACAAAUGAGGGUAAUAAAAGCAGCAUCCCCAUCUCAUGGGGGUGAUAAAAGAAGCAUCUCUGAACCUCCUUCUAGAUUCACAGCCCCACCAGGCUGACAGGCAUCUCUGGGAGCAGCAGGAAAAUUACACCUCAGACUCUAGGCUGAGGGUCCUUCACCUAACUCUGUUUUCUCUUAGUCUCCUAUGGAAAGGAAGGGACUGUGAUCUUCAAGUGCCAACAGUGAAGCCCCAGUAAGCAGCUGCAUUACCAGGAAUAGAAGUCUCAGAGCUACAUGAAUGCUUUCCCUAUUCUUAUCAUUCCAUCUCAGCUGAGCCACAAUACAGACUCUUGACAGUCACCCUUGAUGUGUAAAUAUUGUUCUCAAAUAAAUGGAUAUGUAAAUAAGAGAACUAAUGGUUGACAGCCAGCUGGAUAGUGGCCUGCAUCUGUUGCUGCAGAGCUGACUGCCUUCAAGGCACCCUAAAGCUCCUUCUAGACAGACUGUGGGUAUGUCUGGGGGUCUAGGGGAGACCACAGAACCAAUGAAUGGGGUGGCUAAGAAAGAGCAGGGUAGUCCAGGAAGGACCAGAGACGACCACCACCGGAGCUGUCUUCCUAGAAUAUGGGCCAUGGUGGAAGUAAAAGAAAAUCACAAAGGUGAUGUAGAACAGGGUUUUUCAGGGGAGAAUUGAGGUGGUUUGCAAGUAUACAUUGAUGAACCCUCUUAAUGUCAUGAGUAGAAAAUGGUCCAGGAAGGGGGGUAGGGAUUGGAGGAUUUAGAAAAGAAAGCACAGAGUAAACUCAUUGGAAGGAGAGCAACAUUGCUGUCCCGGAUUAAGAUCAGUGAACAGGGAUACCUCCACAUCCAAACCAAGAAAGAUGACAAGAAGUCAACCACAGCUGCCCAGGAGGGAAUGGGUAGCAGGUGAGAAUGCUUUUAUUGGCCACAAUAGUGACAACUGGAGAGAAGGGGCAGGGACUAUAAAACCAGCUUUUCCAUUUCAGUAUCUACUUCAGAUAUAGCUUUGUUCACAUCAUCCUUUGAACAUAUGUUGGAUAACCAAUAUUAAAUGUACUAAACUCUACUGAGUUAAAUUAUGAAACUUUGAAAUCCCUCAGCAUGUCAGUAACAAUGGAGUAGAGGUGGAGAAGGCAAUCAUUUAUUUCGGAAGAAAGCUUUAGCUAUCUCUCUUCGUGUUUUAGAAGCCUUAAAUAGAACCAUUUCUUGAUUUCAGUAAGGCAUUUUACAAGAUCCUGCUUCUGUUGUUAGAUAGAAGAUGGAAAAACUGUGGUAAUAAAACAAGAAUGAUAAAAUCCUUUUUUCUCCCAUUGUCCAAAAUUCUAUCAGUGAAACAGAGCAGGACCCUGGUGGAGCAUGUCCACCAUGUCCUCUGUCUGCCUUUUGUCUGUGGAAAAACCUUAGCCAAAGAAUAAGUUUAAUCAGAGAAGUGAGAAAAUGCAGAAACAAAGGAAAACAGUCAAAGGAGACCAAACAGUAAUAGUUUAGUCAUUAAGCACAGUCAAGGACUUUCAGCUCCUUCUCAAGGGCUAUAAAUAAUAUUCUGAGCCAUAUCCUGUGAGCUGUCUUGUAGAUACUGAAACCGUCAGCGGGUGGAAGAAGUUAACUACGUGAUGACCAGACUGUAGCCUUGACAUAAGCUGCCACAAUUCCAAGAACUGGGCUCCCUUGAGAAGGGAACAAACCGACCCUGAAACUGAUGACUAACUGUUCUUAAAACAAGCAAGAUGACACUGGUCAGACCACGGAUGACCAAUUCCAAGAUGACUGUCAGAGCUGCCUGUGCUGUUUCUGCAUGUAGCCCCCUCCCUCUGCCCACCAUUGUCAGUAGUGGGGAGUCUGCCUUUGGACAGGUGUCUGCCUCCCGCACUCCCUGCCCUUCCGCCUGGUUGCCGGCAUCCAAAAUAAAGCAAACUUUCCUUU